AUGAAUAAUAAACAACAUACAAGUAUGCUGUCAGGUCAUCAAAAACGACAAAAAAAACGUCAAGCUGAGCUUAUUUAUGCAGCUAACCAUCCAAAACAGUCCAAGUUAUCUUUUAUUACAGAAGUGUCCAAGAAUGCUUCAACAGAAAUUAUUAAAUCUGUAGAACUUAGGCUUAGCAAUAAUUCAAAUAUUAAUAUAGUACAAGAAAAUGUUGAGGCUACUACAUUAUCUGUAAUUCCAUCCAAAGAAAUGAAUAGUAAUUAUGAUGAUGGCACAAAUGUCGAAAAUGACAAUACUAGUAGUACUGGAUAUUCCAUUCCACCAAUAAAUAUGUCAACUAAUGUAAAAGUUUCUUUUGUCAACAGUCAUCCAAUACAGCCUACUGGUCCUGAAAUAUGUUUUGAUGUUUCAAAGGUAUAUUAUAGGUAUCUAGAAAAUAAACAUAACAAAGAAGUUGUUCAACAGCAGGGAUGGCAAAUCCAUCGUACGCUAGAGGAUUGUAAAAAAAGGUGGAGGAACAUCAAGGACACGUACCAUAAAAGGGUUAAGAAAGGAAUGGGAACUGGAUCAUCUGCUUUAUGUAAACCUAAGCAUUGGUCAUUAGCUGAUAAGCUGUCGUUUCUUGGAAAAGCUGAUUACAAGCGAGAUAGCAUAUCAAAUAUUGAGUGUGGCGAGGAAGGUGGAGACGAUGAUUCGAGUACAGAAGUAAACGAUGAUUUGCUGCAGGUACCAGAGGAAAUUAAUAACCAAUCGAUUUGUUCAAUCGGUGAAAAUUCAAAUGAAGACCCAACUCUACAAAAUUCGAAGUUGCAAAAAUCACUAAAAAGCAAGCGUCAAAAAUAUAAUGAAAAAGUUAUACAGCUUCUAGAAGAUAAGCGUAUUGAGAGAAAUGAGAUCAUGAAGAAUAUGGCUCAAAAUCGUGAAGAUGAGAUCGAUUUAUUUUUUAAACGUAUCGCGAUGUCUGUUAAAAAACUUAGUCCAGCAUUGAUAAAUGAAGCAAAAAUGAAGUCGCUUCAAAUGGUCUUCGAAUUAGAAACACGCAAUACCAGUAAAUUCGUAAAUUUACCACAAUAUUCACCGGCACCAAGUACAAGUUUCUCAUCACAGUCAUUGGAAAGUGUGGACGUUAAUGAUUAUGGAAAUGUAAACGAAAUCAAUCCCCAUUAUGAGUCUAAUUACGAACAAUAA